UUUGACUUCAAAUGCCGGUAUUUGAAGGCCAGAAAUAUUGCAUAUCAUCUUCGGUACCUCAAGAACGCCAAGCGGAACUCAUCAUCAGCCUCGACCAGAACGGAGGGUCGCAGUGUACGGGCUUGGACGAUGAAAGCUUGACUGUAGUCGUCACGAAUGCGAAUGACUUUGACGGCAGGACGAAGGUCAGAAAAAAUGUCGCAAUAGUCACCGACUAUUGGGUGGAUCGGUCUUUGUUGCUUGGGAAGUUGCAAGAGACGCAAUACUAUUCCCCAGACCCUGCCAUGAUAUUCUCUGGUGUUGUGGCGUGCUCGACAGAUUUCACACCGUCAGAUAACGAAGUCCUUCAAGCCGGAAUUCUCGCCUUCGGCGGUCAAUGGCGAAACGGCUACCUCCGCGACGUAACCCACCUCUUCGCGCCUGCUGCUGGCUCCGAUAAAUACAAAACCGCAUUGUUCCACCAGGUCGACACGCAUGUCAAAGUCGUCACGCCACACUGGUUCGACGAUUCGGUGAGGCUCGGAAUACGGAACUUGCCUACGGACGUAUAUGAGUGGCCGGAGCCGGAGAUCUUGAAGGUGGGGAGGAGGUAUUCAGGGAUUAAGAAGGUGCUAGGGGAGCAGGAGGGGAAGAGGGAAUUGUCGAAGGCCACAGGAGAGGAUUGGAUGAAAGCGAUGACGGCAGAGAGGAGAGCGGUACUAAAAGGGUUGGUUGCGGAGGGAAAUGUGGAAGUGAGUGGAAAGGAUGUAUGGGGAGGGAAGCGGGUAUUAUUGAGUAAGGAAUUAGAGUUCUCAGAGUUGAGAAGGCGGACGGUCGAGGAUGGGAUCAGGCUGUGUGGCGGGGAGGUAGUAGAGUCGAGUGAAGGAGAGGAUGAGGUUGAUUUGGUGGACGAGGCGGAUGUGCUGGUGACGACCUAUCGCUGGGGCGAGCCAUAUAUUAAGGCUGUCAGAGCGAACAAGCUCGUCGGAAGCUUGACAUGGCUCCUGCACGUUGAACAUACUGGUGUCUUGUCUGCACCUACCAGCCAGCUUCUUCACCAUCCGAUUCCGAAGGGAAAGGUCGAGAGGAUGGCCCAAGAGGAAAUGACUGUGUCGAACUACACUGGUGAAGGACGCGACUACCUCAAGAAGCUUGUCAUGAUAUUGGGUGCCAAAUUUACCGCAAGCAUGACACAAAAGAACACUGUACUCGUCGCCGCCUUCAUAGAUGGUAAUAAAACCAACAAGGCUGCCAACUGGUCCAUGCCGAUUGUCAACCAUACGUGGCUCGAAGACUGCUUCAUCCACUGGAAGUACAUCUCCCCCGCGCACGAGAAAUACAUCUCCUUCCCUCCGAGCAUGAAUUUUGCCCAGCUUCUAGGCGAUAGAGGAUUGAGUGGCGCGGCUUUGAAGGAGAGUUUGAAAGAGGUGGAAGCGCAGAUGGAAGAAGAGAGGAGAGAGGCUGCGAUUGGGGUGGAUGUGGAGAUGAAUGAUGUUGGUGGUGAGGGGAUGGUGGGAGAAGGACAGGGUGAGACGGAGAUGCCAGAUGAUGGCGGUGUAAAUGUGGAGCAGGAGCAAGAGCAGGAAGUGGUAGCCGUGCAGGAGGAGGAGGACAUCGUGGAAGACGUCCGACCUGCGCCGUCUGCCAAAGCGCGCGGGAAGAAGGCUCAACGUCAUGAAGACGUUAUCGAGAUCGAGGAUGACGAGGAAGCAGAAGUUGAGGAACCGCAGCCACCUCGCCCUCGAGCCCGUAAUGGGAGAUUUUCCUCUUCGCAGACCAAAGAUGCAGCCGUUGAACCCGAAGAACGUGGACGGCCAAUUUCUCGGAAACGCAAGUCAAGGGGCCAAGAGGAAGAGGAGAAAGAACAACAACAACCUCAUCCGCGCCCAGCUUCCGUAGCUUCCACGCGGCGAAAGUCUAAGGGCGAGCCCGUGGACAUGGACGAGGAAGACGAGCACGACGAGCACGCCGACGCAGCCAGCACGAACCGUACACCCCUUCGCAAGUACGGGAGGUCCAAGAGCACCCGUCUAGCCGAAUUCCGUUCCCCCGCAUCCGUCUCACCGAACAAACGCACACCAACGAGAAAAGCUGCUCCUAAAAGCUUUGCUCUCGAGGAGAGUUCUUCAGAAGAGGAGUUACCGCCUGUCGUAUCCGUGUCCGCCAGAACACCUCGAACACCUAGCCGCUCGAAACGUCAGCAGCCCGAUUCUGAUGCAUACACUGAACCAGAGCCAGAGCCAGAGGAAGACGAGGUCAACCGUCAACUACGCCGCUCAGGUCGUUUGUCCCAAGGCACCACCCCUACCUCCAAACAUGCGACACAUUCGAAGAACGACGAAGUUUCGCCGUCGAGGCCUUCAGGCUCCAAGACUCAAACUCCACGGCGAAGGUUAUCAGUCGUCUUACCUCCUAUCGGUACCGGCGCUUCCGGAGGACGAGGGAGAUCACGGUCUCGCGUUCGUGCGGAAGGUUCGACUACCAGCGUCGCUAGCCCGUCGAAACCCCAAUCCACUGCCGCACCGAAGGACGCCGCCGCUAAACCGAAGUCGAAACCAAAAUCUGUUUCACGAUCUCGGCGAGCUGAAGCUCAGCGCGAUGGUGACUCUGACGACGAGCCUAUAUCUAUACCUGCGCCCGCUGCUCCGAAGGGGACCGUCAAACCGAAAUCAAAACCAAAACCGCGAUCUGUUUCUCGGUCCAGGCGGGCCCAACGCGAAGAGGAGUCUGACGACGAGCAGGGGCCAGUGCGUGGACCAGAGCCAAGGUCAGAGUCUGAGUCCGACCCUGAGCCCGUCGCCUCGACUUCUCGCGGACGUCCACCGCGACGUAAAUCCAUGCCUGAGGUCGUGAUAUCAGUCAGAACUGUGUCCCCUACGAGCGAGCAGCGAACAUCGGCGACACCUAUUGGAAGGUCGGGACCUAGGCGGUCAGCUGCUAUCAAGGCUUCGGGUAAACUCGAGCAUACGAUGAAGGAUGUGGUCAAUUACGAAAAGCAGAAAAGGGCGGGGACUAUCAAGGCGAUCGGGGAGGGUAAAGACAUCUAUGUUGAUCGGAAGGGUAAGGGACGGGACUCUCUCGGUGCUGGUUCGAGAAGGCGCGCUUCGAUGGCGGCGAGCGAUGAUAAUGAAGAGGAGGACGAGGACGUGAGGGGUAAACAAGGCAAGAAGAGGAGAAUGAGUGCGGCGAAGGACAGGGACGACGAGAGCGGGAGAAAGAAGGCGAGGACGAGCAUUAAUAGUCGGAGGAACAGGGCUCAGUCUGAUUCGGAGGAGGAUGUGCAGGCGAGUACGUCGAAGGGUAAGGCUAAGCAGGACGAGAGUGGAGGGCGUAAGAAGAUCGUGCACAGCAAGAUUCAAGAGGAGAUCAAUGGCGGGCCGAUAUACGCUGCUGAGCCCGUCCAUAGACCCGAACCUGCAGCGAAGAUUUGCUUCACACAGCUGAAGCUCACCGACGAUGUAGAGAGAGGUCUCAUCAAGCUGGACGUCAAGAUAGCGUCACGCGCAAGGGAUUGUACUCAUCUGAUCGCAAAACACAUCGGACGUACAGAGAAGUUCUUAUGCGCCAUGGCCGGUGCACCCUUCAUCGUCACGGAAGAAUGGGCUAAGGAGUCUGCUGGUGCAAAGUCCUUGCUACCCGCCGAUGAAUUCCUCCUGUCGGAUCCAGCGAACGAGAAAAAGUGGAAGUUCAAACUCGUCGACGCUGUCAAACGUGCCAAACAGAACAAGGGCCAGAUCUUCAAGGGCAUAGGGUUCUAUGUCACGACGAGGGUUCUCCAAGGACUGGAAAAGAACCUCUUGAGGAAUGUUGUCGAGGCUCACGGUGGCUGGUGGCGUUCGUCGGAGCCCACUGUGCGUAUGCUCAAGACCAGAAGGGAUACCGAGAAGCCCGUCGUCAUAUCCUGUAAAGCAGAUAUCAGCAUCUGGCGACCUUUAGAAGGGGCUGGAUUCACGAUAUAUAACAAGGAGUUUUUGCUCAAUGGGGCGUUGACACAGGAGCUGCGAUGGGACGACCAGAGUUGUCAGAAGAUAGAGUGAUAUUUGAUUCGGUCAUGGUUGAAAUCUUGUUUUGUGUUGUGGAAUUGCGAGCUUGGCUCUCGUUGUUUUGUUCCGCUGUGUGUUCUGCUGUCUUGUCCAUCUAAUUUACAUUUUACGAACUAUAUACAAGGAACCAGGUUUCUCGACGACAAGCCGAAGGCCUGCUACUUUCCAGGUCAGGUCAUUGUAAGUUAGAGCUCAGCAGUCAUAUUCAGAGCUUGCUAUCACGCUCUGACUUCUUUCCAUUGCCUCCUGGUCUCGUACCAAUAGGCUCGAAGUCGAUUUUCUGCUUCUUCAUCGCCGCACGCGUCGCAUUGACUAAGUCCGGAGCCUGGAGCAUGGCAGAGUUCCAGGUGAUGGUAUAUUCGAGGUUAUCAUCGAUUGUAUGAUCCCUUGCAUGAGCCAGCAAGUGUUUCGUUCCUACGACAGCGACCGGGCUCUUCGACGCGAUUUCCUUCGCAAGUUCAAGUGCGGCCUGUACGACCUCAGCGCGAGAGCCAGGUGUGAUCCUCGAAAUCAUACCCAACUCUUUGGCUUCUUCAGCACCAAAGAUCCUGGCCGUGAGCGCGAGCUCAUUCAGAAGAGAUGCGUUUCCCGUUAAUUUGGGUAACCGAGCAAGUGUGCCGAUGUCAGCGGCUAGUCCUACAUCUACUUCCUUGAUACUAAACUUCACAUCGCUCGUAGCAUACCGUACGUCGCAAGCGCUGACCAUGUCAAUGGCGAGACCAAAUGCGACACCAUGGACGGCAGCGAUCACAGGACACAGGCAGCGCGUCGGAGCGGCGAUAGCUUGCUGGAAUUCGCGGAUGGUUGGCCGUGUGAUCAAUGCUGUACGAGCGGGAUCGGAGCUUGAGACCAGGCCGGUCAGAAAGUCGAGAUCCACCCCAGCAGAGAAGGCUUUCUGAAGGCCGGACGAGAGUACGACUGCUCGGAUGGUAGGGUCUUUUGCAAUAUCGUCGAAUAGUGUUCCGUACUCGCGCCAGAAUGGUUCAGAGAACGCAUUGACGGGAGAACGUACAAGUUCGACAUGUAGGACGAACGGGAACGGGCAUGAUAU